AUGAUUUUGCCAUAUUUUUUCUACUACUUGAUCUCUCAAUAUGGACUUUCUGGCGCUCUGAUAAUUCUUUCUGCGUUCAGUUUGCAUUAUUGUGUUGCGGGUGCUUUAUACUUUAAAAAGGACUUCGUAAAAAAGACUACUGAAUCCAAAUUAGAUUCAGAAAACAUCAAGUUAACUUUACGCUCACGAAUUUUCAGGUAUCUUCGCCUGCUACUGAAGAUCGAAAUUGCAUCUGGAAUAUGGAUAAAGCUAUUUUUAUUUUCAUUCAUCUUGAACAUGAUGGGUUCAGGCCCAGUCACAACCCUAUUAAUCGAUUAUUCCAAGCAGCUAGGGGUUAUCGGCGCUCAGUCAGUGCAAUUACUUGCUAUUGAAGGCACAGUACAGUUGGUGAUGCGAAUAGCUCUGGGAUUCAUUUUCGAUUACCGUUUCAUAAAACCUCAUAGAGGUCUUAUAUGGACUGGAGGAAUAGCAUUUUCUUCUGUAAUAAUUAUCUUUAUUGCAUUUGCCUCUCAAUUGAAGUAUUUGUCUGCUCUUAUGUUUUUGCGAGGGUUAUUUUUGGCUCUUUAUAUCUCCCAACAAGCUGUAGUUUUAUCGGAUUUAUGUGAAGGACAACCAGAAACAACGAGUCAAACAAUUGCUAUUGCACAAAUCUGCAAAGGAUUAGGAAUGUUGACUGGAUCUUACUUUUCUGGUCUAAUCAAAGAUUAUACUGAAGAUUAUCGUCCUGCCUUUAUUUUCCUUGGUAUAAUGCAAUUCAUUGGUUUUAUCACAGCGAUUACUUCCAUUAUAUGGGCGAAAAUAAAUUUACGCAAAGAGAAACAUUUACUUACUGUUGACAAUUUAUUAUCUAAUACUAGUGUUGCAAAUGUUUCAGAAGCUUCAUUAUCACAACCGGUAUUAAAUGAAAAUAAAGCCUCAAAUAAUAAUCAACUUGGUCUUUCUUCAUCACCUCUCUCUAUCCAUAAGAAGAUUAAUGAAACAAGUACACUUGAAAAUCCGAAAAUAUGA